AUGGGAAACCGUGGCAUGGAGGAGCUGAUCCCGAUGGUCAACAAGCUGCAGGAUGCCUUCAGCUCUAUCGGCCAGGCCUGCAACCUGGACCUGCCGCAGAUCGCGGUGGUCGGCGGGCAGAGCGCAGGAAAAAGCUCCGUGCUUGAGAACUUUGUAGGCAGGGACUUUCUGCCCCGUGGAUCUGGAAUUGUCACCCGCAGGCCCCUGGUUCUGCAGCUUAUCAGCGCCUCUGCAGAAUGGGCUGAAUUCCUCCAUUGCAAAGGAAAGAAGUUCACAGACUUUGAUGAGGUUCGCCAAGAGAUCGAGGGCGAGACGGACCGCGUCACGGGGGCCAACAAAGGCAUAUCUCCUGUUCCCAUCAACCUGCGUGUUUACUCCCCUAACGUGCUGAACCUGACUCUCAUUGACCUGCCGGGAAUCACUAAGGUGCCGGUUGGAGACCAGCCGGUGGACAUCGAACAGCAGAUCAGGGAAAUGAUCAUGCAAUUCAUCACCAGAGAGAGCUGUUUAAUCCUGGCCGUCACUCCGGCCAACACUGACCUGGCCAACUCUGAUGCUCUGAAGCUGGCAAAGGAUGUUGAUCCACAGGGUCUGAGAACUAUUGGAGUGAUCACCAAACUGGAUUUGAUGGACGAGGGCACAGAUGCCCGAGAUGUUCUGGAGAACAAGCUGCUGCCACUGCGAAGAGGUUACAUUGGAGUGGUGAAUCGCAGUCAGAAGGAUAUUGAGGGGAAGAAAGAUAUCAGGGCGGCUUUGGAAGCAGAGAGGAAGUUCUUCUUCUCCCACCCUUCGUACAGGCACAUGGCUGAUAAAAUGGGCACCCCACGUCUGCAGAGAGUGCUCAACGAGCAACUGACCAACCACAUCCGGGACACCCUGCCAGCAUUCCGCAGCAAGCUGCAGUCCCAGCUGUUGGCUCUGGACAAAGAGGCAGAGGAAUACCGGGGAUACCGACCUGAUGACCCAUCCCGUAAAACCAAGCAGCUGUUGCAGAUGGUGCAGCAGUUCUCUGUGGAUUUCGAGAAGAGGAUCGAGGGUUCAGGAGACCAGGUAGACACAGUGGAGCUGUCUGGUGGAGCAAAAAUCAACCGCAUCUUCCAUGAGCGUUUCCCCUUUGAACUGGUCAAGAUGGAGUGUGAUGAGAAGGAGAUGCGUCGCGAGAUCAGUUAUGCCAUCAAGAACAUCCACGGUAUCAGGACUGGGCUUUUCACCCCAGACAUGGCAUUUGAAGCCAUCGUGAAGAAGCAGGUUAUAAAGCUAAAGGGGCCCUGCAUCAAGUGUGUGGACAUGGUCAUCCAGGAACUGAUUAACACAGUGCGCCAGUGCUCUAACAAGCUGGAUUGCUUCCCCAGACUGCAAGAGGAAACCGAAAGAAUUGUGACUGCUCAUAUUCGAGACAGAGAGAGUCGGGCCAAGGACCAGGUUCUGCUGUUGAUUGACGUUCAGCUGUCUUACAUCAACACUAACCAUGAGGACUUCAUUGGCUUUGCUAAUGCACAGCAGAGGAGCAGUCAGACUAAUAAGAGCCAGAGUUCAGCAGGAAAUCAGGUCAUUCGUAAAGGUUGGCUGACCAUAAACAACAUCAGCAUCAUGAAGGGAGGAGCCAAGGAGUACUGGUUUGUGCUGACUGCUGAGAGCCUCUCCUGGUUCAAGGACGAUGAGGAGAAGGAGAAAAAGUACAUGCUCCCCCUGGACAACCUGAAGGUCCGCGAUGUCGAGAAGAGUUUUAUGUCCAGCAAGCACAUAUUCUGCAUUUUCAACACAGAGUCAAGGAAUGUGUACAAGGACAAUCGCACACUGGAGUUGGCCUGCGACUCUCAGGACGAUGUGGACAGCUGGAAGUCUUCUCUCCUACGUGCUGGGGUCUAUCCUGAGAGAAGCGCUACGGUUGAGAGUGAAACCACCACCACCACAGAUAACUUUUCCAUGGACCCUCAACUGGAGCGUAAAGUGGAAACCAUCCGUAACCUGGUGGACUCCUACAUGGCUAUUGUCAACAAGUGCAUCCGGGAUCUCAUGCCCAAGACCAUCAUGCAUCUCAUGAUCAACAAUGUGAAGGACUUCAUCAAUGCAGAGCUGUUGGCCCAGCUAUACUCUGCAGGUGACCAGAACGCCCUGAUGGAUGAGUCCCAGGAGCAGGCCCAGAGGAGGGAUGAGGUGCUCAGGACCCACCAGUCCCUGAAGGAAGCCCUGGCCAUCAUCGGGGAUAUCUCCACCACGACCAUCACCGUACCUCUGCCUCCGCCUGUUGACAACUCCUGGUGUGGAGGUGCUCGCAGAUCUCCACCACCAAGCCCAACCGCCCCCAGGAGGAUGUCUUCAGGCCAGCGCCCAGCUCCCCGAGGGGCCCCACCACCGCCAAACCGUCCAGGACCCCUGGGGCCCUUCAAUAACAGUGCUGACAGCCCGCAGGCUCCCAGCCGCCCGAACAGGGCUCCUCCUAGCAUCCCCAGUCGGCGGCCCCCGCCAUCUCCUACAAGGCAAGCCCCGCCAUAA